GGCUGAGGCCGAAGGCGGCGCGGCGGGGCCUUCCGGCCGUAGAGCGGGGCGGGCGGGCGGCCUCGGUGGAGCCCCAGCCUCGCGGACCCGCCCCGGCCGCUCCACUCCCGCCUUCGCCCAUUUCCGUUUCACGCGCUCGGAGCCGAGCGGCUCCUCCACCCCCAGCUUCCCGGUCGUUGCCCAGCUGGCGGAGCCCCGUGGCCGCUACAUGCACCGGCGCCCCGGGCCGCCGUAUGGAUCGGCCUCACCCGGGCCUCACUGGCGCCGCCUCGGGGAGCUCGGCCUGGGGGCUGGUUGGCCUGGGGUUGGUUGUCCAGAGUGCGAUACUCCCUCUCUCCUCCUGCCCAGGGUUCUGGAAGAGCCUGGCCUCUCUUGGCACAAGCCCUGGGUCCUUACCCAGUCUCGACUUCCUCUUCUCGGCCUGCGACCCCUCGUUCAUUCCCUGGACCGUGCUGGGUGGCGCUGCCUGGAUAAAUGACGGACCCACCCCUCAGGAGCUGUCAGUCUUGCAGGCCAGAAAACGUUAAGCAUGCUCAGAAAGCCAUUGAUCUGGUGACGAAAGCCACGGAAGAGGAUAAAGCCAAGAAUUACGAGGAGGCGCUGCGACUUUAUCAGCAUGCCGUGGAGUAUUUCCUCCAUGCCAUCAAGUAUGAGGCACACAGCGACAAGGCUAAGGAGAGCAUUCGAGCCAAGUGCAUGCAGUACCUAGACCGGGCUGAGAAGCUGAAGGAUUAUUUACGAAACAAAGAGAAGCACGGCAAGAAGCCCGUCAAAGAGAGUCAGAGUGAGGGCAAGGGCAGUGAUAGUGACAGUGAAGGGGAUAAUCCCGAGAAAAAGAAACUGCAAGAACAACUGAUGGGUGCCGUUGUGAUGGAGAAGCCCAACAUACGGUGGAGUGACGUGGCUGGGCUGGAGGGAGCCAAGGAGGCCCUCAAAGAAGCUGUCAUUUUGCCAAUUAAAUUCCCACACUUGUUCACAGGCAAGCGUACCCCUUGGCGAGGGAUACUGCUCUUUGGACCUCCUGGCACAGGGAAAUCCUACUUGGCCAAAGCCGUCGCAACAGAGGCCAACAACUCCACCUUCUUCUCUGUGUCCUCCUCAGAUCUGAUGUCCAAGUGGUUGGGGGAGAGUGAAAAGCUAGUCAAGAACCUGUUUGAGCUGGCCCGGCAGCACAAGCCCUCCAUCAUCUUCAUUGAUGAGGUGGAUUCCCUCUGUGGAUCCCGAAAUGAAAACGAGAGUGAGGCUGCCCGAAGGAUCAAAACGGAGUUCUUGGUCCAAAUGCAGGGGGUGGGGAAUAACAAUGAUGGGACUCUGGUUCUUGGUGCCACAAACAUCCCAUGGGUGUUGGAUUCAGCCAUUAGAAGGAGGUUUGAAAAGAGAAUUUACAUCCCUUUGCCAGAGGAAGCUGCCCGCGCCCAGAUGUUCCGGUUACAUCUGGGGAGCACGCCCCACAGCCUCACAGAUGCUAACAUCCAAGAGCUGGCCCGCAAAACAGAAGGCUACUCGGGCGCAGACAUUAGCAUCAUCGUGCGGGACUCCCUCAUGCAGCCUGUACGGAAAGUACAGUCGGCAACACACUUCAAAAAGGUCUCUGGUCCUUCCCGCACCAACCCCAGCAUCAUGAUUGAUGACCUCCUUACCCCAUGUUCACCAGGGGAUCCGGGGGCCAUAGAGAUGACUUGGAUGGACGUCCCCGGUGACAAACUCUUAGAGCCUGUGGUUUGCAUGUCGGACAUGCUUCGGUCUUUGGCCACUACCCGGCCCACAGUGAAUGCAGAUGACCUCCUGAAAGUGAAGAAAUUCUCAGAGGACUUUGGACAGGAGAGUUAAAAGCUUCUUCACUUGGGUGAUGGUGAAGGUGGGAGAUUGAUUAGGGCAAAUCUAUGGUACUCCCCAUGUCAGUGGCCAGACAGGGCUGCAGGGCUCAUCCUAAAGUCACCACAGCAUCCCUUCUGCCAUCUGGCCACCAGCAGGGAGCAGGAAGGAAGGGCGUCCACCGCCACAGAGAUGCUUCGCGGCCCGAUGGGCACAUGGUGGAUCCUGGUCUUCCCACUUCCUCCUCUCCUGGAUGCUCACCAACUCCUUUCCAUGCCCCAUGUGUCAUCUUCUCUGUAAUCCUUUUUUGUUCUCCUAAAUUAAUGCUGCUUGGAUUUUCGUCUUGUUUAUAAAGACAAAAUCGCCUGGAAGCAUCAAGGGGUGACAGUAGCCACAGUGUGGGUGGCACAGCCCUACUACCCUGUUCCUUUAAUGCCCAAGUUUUGCUCCUUGAGAACAGAUUGGCUGAUGUCCCUACAUGGUCUCCAGCCCAAGCUCUGCCUCAAAGACUGAGAGUAAGAUAAGCCAUUCCCAUCCCCCUAGGCUGGCAUCCAGGGCCCGGGUCUUCUUGCAGGAGGAGGUGGUUUCUGUGAGCACAAAGCUGUUUUGCUCAGAACGAGAGAAGGUAGUCGAGGCGGGUUUUCACUGCUGCCUUUUCUUACCUCUGAGUGUGAGAACACUGAACAUGGCCACUGCCCCUGUCCUGGAAAUAGUCUAAUAAAUCCUUUUCCCUUUUUGAGC